AUGGCCGGGAACCGCAUCGUCCUGUCCGGACCUUUGACCUUCCAGGGUAUUGCACCAACUUUCUCGCAUGAUCCGAAGGCUAUAAUGGUCCUGGUUCCGAGCACCAUCGAAGAACUUCGCCUCGACUCGUGCGUCAUCCACGAUCACGACGACACUCUGUCGCUCCCCUGCCUGCGCAUUGUGCGGAUCCGUGAUACAACGAUGGAGAUCCCAAGACCCGUCAUGGUCGUACCAUUUAACGAUCGGGCACAGGCGCUCGAAGUGAUCGAGCUCCGGGAGAACUGCUGGCCUGGUUACCCAUGGCCUACGCAGCAUGCGGACUACAUUCAAUCACACGCAGAAACACUCCAAGAGCUCAAUUUGUUCGGGGUAUACGAGCUGCAAUUGCUCCAAUCCCUGAGACUUGCUGCAUUCCGUCGCCUCUCGCGUCUCGCCAUCGGCAAUCUUCCGUUUGACCAUCACUGCGUAAAGCUACUAGGCGAUAUCCCAUCGUCAUUGCAGCUGCUCUCGGUGAAUUGGCAGACGCAUCAUGGCGUGUUAUAUUUUCGAGAUCCGGAGUUCAUGGAGCGAUAUCUCAGGGACGAUGCAAAGAUCGAAGACAGCCGACGGCACGGGAGGCGCAUGUGGAUCAGAGUGGUUGGCAGGGCCCCCGAAGCGCUCAAGAGCUUGUCUUGCAAGUGGAAGAUCGACCUCUUGGAGCGGGAGAACGGAGGCGGGCUUGGGAUUCUUGAUGACGCGGGAUGUCCGCCCUUGCCUUCGCAGGCCGUUGCAUCUCUGCCCUUUGCUCUUGUCGUCGCGCAAUACUGA